AUGGAAGCUGUUGGGUCCAAGGACCCAAUGUGCCCCGGGUCCGAAGUCCCGGUCCUCAUAGCACCUCCAUCACGACCUCCGCCGCCGCCACCAACGCGACGACCAUCUCCCCUUCCGACAACCACGGCGGAGAUAGCAGAGACGACACCACCAGCAGAAUCCAAGUCAAAACGCCCCAAGCGCAAUAAACAACAGAAACAAUCGAAACAACCCAAACAACCCAAACAGGCAAAACAGGCAAAGAAGCAGCUGCUCGUCGACGAAAUCGGUGAAGCCCUCGUCGCCCAACUCUACCCACGCCCCAAAACCUCCGCAUCCUGUCCGUGUUGUGAUUCCAGCCUGUCGGUGACCGAUCAGCUUCACAGCGUCCUCACUCCCUCAACAAUAUCUGGUGGAUCCGACAACUCCCCAAAGACGAGUAGUAGCCGCAGUCGCAGAAACAGCAGCCACAGCAGCCGCACCCUGCUCGAGUCCAACACCUCGCUGGCAUACAAGUUCCUCGGCGCACACAAUACCUCCCUCUCAACCCCGCAUUUGAGUCUUGAUUCCCUGAAGCCGAGGCUGGAACGCCCCGUUCGGGCACUGUCUCGGUCACACCUGGAGAAGCAUCCUAGCGUUUUCAGCCUGAACGAUAUUGCCAAUCGAGAGGCUGUGGAGAGGUUGGCCGCGGAAUAUGGGCGCGUAUCACACAUGGGCAUUCUUGAUCCGAGCUACACCUUCUUUGUCAACAAGGCUCGCACCGCCGCGCUUUCGUUCAAGGUCCGCAACAAAGUUGCCAUCGUCGGUGGCGAUCCUCUGUGCGACCCGACAUUAUUCCCCAGUGUUCUCGCCGAGUUCGAGGAGUACCGCAAGCGCUUCCACUGGGGGAUAGUUUUCAUGGGGGCCAGCAGUAACUUGGUGAACUAUGCCCGGGAACGGAAGUGGAUGACCAUGCAAUUUGGUACGGAACGUGUGCUCAACUCCCUGACCAAUGAGGUCCUGCUAGAAAAAUGUGGGAAGCGUAUAAUUGUGCAGAACAGGCAGCUUUUGAACCCAUCGAAAGGUGCCAUAACUUUGGGUUUGUAUGUGCCCUCCGUGGAGGAAGACCUUGCGCUGCAGGAUCAGCUCUUCGCCAUAUACGACUCGUGGCGGCUGGAAAGAAAUCGGACUGCUUCAACGCAGGCUUUCAUCACCGUUUAUGAUCCUUUUUCUCUCCCGGGCCUCAUGACUUACAUCUACACGCGUGGACCCGAUGGCACCCCCAAUGGUUUUGCGGCUCUGCGGAAAAUCGGUGCUAACCAGGGCUACCACAUCGAUCCUUGCAUUGCCGCUCCCGGCGCGCCGAAAGGGAUUAGCGACUUGCUGGUCUUUGCUGCCAUGUCACUUCUCAACCGUGCUGGCGUAUCAUAUCUUAGUUUGGGUUUUGAGCCGCUGGAUGAGCUAGGCGAGAUCACGGGAAUGCCGCCGCUUCUGGACAAGCUCACACGAGCCAUAUACCUCCAUGCCUAUCCACGCCUACCCAUCGGAGGCAAGAAGGCGUAUCACAACAAAUUCAGACCCGACGAACAACAGGAAUCAGGGUUGUUCUUGGUCUUUCCAUCAGGCGUGUACAACCCGCGCGAGAUGGUGGCUACGAUCCACAUGGCAAACAUCAGCAUCUGGAAACUCAUCUUUUCAGAUCGGAAAUCUUCUGCGAAGAAUGUCAGUGGACAACAGAAGCAGCAAUCAGAGGAAGAGAAACCAUCCGAAAAUUCUUGA